AUGAAAGAAGACCCACCCCUAGAUUUUAAAUGUAAAGAUAAGUUUUUGGUACAAAGUAUAGGAAUUACACCAGAACGUGAAACAUUAUCUUUACAAGAACUGUGGGCUAUAACAGAGAGAGAUUCAAAAGAUUCGAUCAAAGAAAACAAGAUUCGAUGUGUAUAUUUACCACCAGUUGGAAAUAAUGUAUCUCCUACAUUACCAUCUCCAAAUCAACCUCUCCCAAUUCAACCGUCUAUUCCUGCUCCAUCAAACCCACCAUCAGGGGACAGUAUCUAUUCUGAGUCUCAAAAAAUGAAGAAUGAUCUGCCUUUACCUCCACCAUAUCCUCUUCAUUCUACAAAUGAUAUUUUUCCCCCAACUGAAAAGAAUUCUUUGGGACAUUCAGACAAAUCGAUCUUAACGCAGGCAGCUACCACAAAUGGUCACUCGACUACACAACGCACGCCUGCAAUUGUUGGUGCAUUCCCUAAAGAUGAUACUUUCGAAUCUCAUAAUAUUAACAAGCCCUUCAGAGAUGAUGAUGAUCCUGCAAAAUUACGACGGCAAUUGCUUGAAGCAAAGGAAGAAAUUGCUCGCCUAAAUAACACGAUUGAAAACUAUAAACAAGAAUUGAAUACAGCUCAGAUGAGACAGCGCAAGAGUGAGGAAGCUGCUGCUUCAACAAACAGGCAUAGUACAUCUGCCAUUGGUGGUUACUCUGUCAAGACUCAAGAAAAAAUUCCUGAAGGCUAUUACCCAUUCGAGGUGGUGGUUGGCGCUGCAGUUGGCGCCUUCCUAUUUGGAGUUAUGUUUUUCUGA